AGCGGGCGGCGCCGCCGCCCCCUCCGCAGUGCCGGGCGCCGCCGGGCCGCAGCGAUCGCGUCGCCGCCAUGAGCCGCCGCAGCCUCCCCGCCCUGCUCGGCGCCCUCCUGGCGCUGGCGGCCGCCGGGCCCACCCAGUUCUUCCGGGAGGAGUUCACGGACGGCGACGCCUGGACCAGCCGCUGGGUGGAAUCGAAGCACAAACCCGACUACGGGCGGUUCGUGCUCACGGCCGGGAAGUUCUACGGGGACGCCGAGAAGGACAAAGGGCUGCAGACCAGCCAGGACGCGCGUUUCUACGCCAUCUCGGCGCGCUUCGAGCCGUUCAGCAACCGCGACCGCGCGCUGGUGCUGCAGUUCACGGUGAAGCACGAGCAGAACAUCGACUGCGGCGGCGGGUACGUGAAGCUGUUCCCGGCCGGGCUGGCGCAGGACGACAUGCACGGAGACUCGGAGUACAACAUCAUGUUCGGCCCCGACAUCUGCGGCCCCGGCACCAAGAAGGUUCACGUCAUCCUCAACUACAAGGGCAAGAACGUGCUGAUCAACAAGGACAUUCGCUGCAAGGACGACGAGUUCACGCACCUGUACACGCUGGUGCUGCGCCCCGACAACACGUACGAGGUGAAGAUCGACAACGCGCGCGUGGAGUCGGGGGCGCUGGAGGACGACUGGGACCUGCUGCCCCCCCGCAAGAUCAAGGACCCCCAGGCCCAGAAACCCGAGGACUGGGACGAGCGGCCCAAGAUCGACGACCCCGAGGACACCAAGCCCGAGGACUGGGACAAGCCGAGCACAUCCCCGGACCCCGAGGCCAAGAAGCCCGAGGACUGGGACGAGGAGAUGGACGGGGAGUGGGAGCCCCCGGUGAUCCAGAACCCCGAGUACAAGGGCGAGUGGCGGCCCCGGCAGAUCGACAACCCCAGUUACAAGGGCAAGUGGGUGCACCCCGAGAUCGACAACCCCGAGUACAGCCCCACCCCCCAGCUCUACGCCUACGACAGCUUCGGCGCCAUCGGCCUCGACCUCUGGCAGGUCAAAUCCGGCACCAUCUUCGACAAUUUCCUCAUCACGGAUGACGAGAAGUUUGCGGAGGAGAUCGGGAAUGAGACCUGGGGGGCCACCAAGGAGGCGGAGCGCAGGAUGAAGGAGCAGCAGGACGAGGAGCAGCGGCGGCGGCAGGAGGAGGAGGAGGAGCAGCGGCGCGCGGACAAGGACGAGGACGAGGAGGGGGAGGGGGACGAGGAGGAGGAGGAGGAGGAGGAGGAGCCGGAGCCCGAGGAGGCGGCGCCGCGGGACGAGCUGUGACCGCGGGGGGCGCUGCUGCCCGCGGGGCCGCUCUGUCUCUGUGAGACCCGGACUCUAUGGCCCCGCCGGCCCGCGCGGCGAGGACUCAGGAACGGGCGCCGGCCGGGGGGGCGGGGGGGGUG